UGGACACUUGUUUGUGAAGUACUUUGCUUUGAGCAUACAUUUUUGAUGGCAAGAUUUGCUCCAAUGGCGACUUGGCGCCUCGGUUGGUUCCUUGUGCUGCUUUUUGGUUGCCGUUCGGACCCGCUUCGCGGCCCGAACCAUGGACCUGAACAGCUUCAUUUGGCUUUGGGCGAAAAACCAAGCGUGGUAACUGUGACGUUCAUGAGCGCUGUCUCAUACAACCGCUCGAGUUGUAGCAUCAAUGGAACAUCCAACGGAACAACCUUUGUCCGAACAUAUGAAGGAACAUCCAAGGUCUACAACAACGAAGGAUGGUUGGGCAGGAUUCAUUCUGUUCGCAUGGAUGAAGUUCCUGUGAAUGUGCGAUUGUCCUAUUCAUGUGAUGGGACAUCUUGGCAUGAAUUUCAAUCACCCCCCGCUGUGGGCACUUUUCCUAUCACCAUUGCUGCCGUGGCAGACCUCGGGGAAAACUGUGACAAGGCGGGCUGUGGCAAUGCAACAAUCGCCUCUCUUGCUGCUGAUAGUACCUACUCAAUGCUGCUGCAUGCUGGUGAUAUUGCAUACACUGGCGGAGACGAAAACAUUUGGGACCAUUUCAUGAAGGAGAUAGAACCCAUUGCUCGCGAACGGCCCUACAUGGUCUGUGUCGGAAAUCACGAACACUUCAACAACUUCACGGGCUAUGAAGUGCGCUUCACAAUGCCUGGUGCUGCUGCUUCCAAUGGCAACCUGUGGUACUCCUUUGAUUAUGGCGGUGUUCAUUUCAUGACCUUUUCUACUGAGCACCAUUUGAACAUCCAGCUGCCUUUCAUCAAAGCUGACCUGGAAAUCGCAUCGGCAAACCGUGAGACUGUGCCAUGGAUCGUUGUGUUUGCUCACAAGCCGCUGUACUGCUCCACGAAUGACUACUAUGAUUGUGAGAUCCAUAGCCUGUACCUUCGUAAGGAGCUGGAACCGUUGUUCCAGGCCUACCAGGUUGAUCUUUUCCUUGGUGGCCACCUCCACAACUAUGAGCGCACUUGGCCGGUUGUGCAGAACGUGACGGUGGCUAAGAGCUACAGUAAUCCCAAAGCCACAGUCCACGCGGUGAUCGGCAAUGCCGGCGAUUCCGAGGGCCUCACGAACCGCUGGGAAGAAUGCCCUGACUGGUCGGUGAUUCGUCAAGCCUCUCUUGGUUAUGCGAGGCUUCACUUUGAAAGCUCUACCAAACUUAACUUUGACUUGAUUGAUUCUGUCAAUCGGUCUGUGAUUGAUACAUUCACAAUCGAGCGACCUGUGCCGAGGACUGAAGCAGGAGUAUCUGUUUAUGUUUAGAAAGAUGAAAGCAGUGUGAAUGGAAG